CAUUUCAUAACCAAAACUAGGUUAGCAGUUUUUCAUUCUUCAUCCCCUUCCCCUUUCAACUUUCAGAGGCGGAGCAAUGGGUCGUGUGAUUAGGGCACAACGUAAGGGAGCGGGUUCAGUUUUCAAAUCUCACACGCAUCACCGGAAGGGACCUGCUCGUUUCCGCAGUCUCGAUUUCGGCGAGCGUAACGGUUACCUCAAGGGAGUUGUUACUGAUGUUAUCCACGAUCCAGGUCGUGGUGCUCCUCUUGCCAAGGUUACUUUCCGUCAUCCUUUCCGUUACAAGAAGCAGAAUGAGCUUUUUGUUGCGGCUGAGGGUUUGUACACCGGUCAGUUCAUUUACUGUGGGAAAAAGGCUACUCUAGUUGUUGGUAAUGUGCUUCCUCUCAGAUCUAUCCCUGAGGGAGCUGUUAUCUGCAACGUCGAAGGACAUGUUGGUGACCGUGGUGUCUUUGCCAGAGCCUCCGGUGAUUAUGCUAUUGUUAUCAGUCACAACCCUGAUAACGACACCUCUAGGAUCAAGCUUCCUUCAGGUGCAAAGAAGAUUGUGCCAAGUGAUUGCAGGGCUAUGAUUGGUCAAGUUGCUGGCGGUGGUAGAACUGAGAAGCCUAUGUUGAAGGCUGGUAAUGCAUACCACAAGUUUAGGGUGAAGAGGAACUGCUGGCCUAAGGUUCGUGGUGUGGCUAUGAAUCCAGUUGAGCAUCCCCAUGGAGGAGGUAACCACCAGCAUAUUGGUCAUGCUAGUACUGUCAGACGUGAUGCACCUCCUGGACAGAAGGUUGGUCUCAUUGCUGCCAAGAGGACUGGGCGACUCAGGGGUCAAGCUGCUGCAAGUGCUGCCAAGGCCGACAAAUAAGAAGUUUAGAUUGUUUGAAUUAUAUAUUAUUUGCUUGCGUUACAAUUUUGUUUUGAGAACUAUUUCUGUUUUUGUUUUGAGAACUAUUUCCUAGAAGUUAUGGAGUUUUUCUUAGACAGCUUGUUAUGGUUGCAUCUUUAUUCUCUACUUCAGAUUAAUUAUAUGUUUUUGAUGGCCUUGUUUUUUC